AUGGGAAUCCCUGCUGGAUCCGCCGGUGGUGCAACUGGGUGGAAGCCGCUGGUUUUUAAGUUUCCGUUUAUCAAUUUUGAAGUAGAAGAGCAGUUAAGGAGUAUGCUUGUUCCCUCGUCGUUGCCUCCAAAACUUUCAGAGACAACCCUACUUCACUUUCCCUUCAAAACCACCUCCUUCUUUGCUUUCUUCUCUUCAUCAACAUCACUCCUCACGGCAUCAGUUCCUUCCUCUUUCGCUCACCUUCUCAAACAAUGCAAGUCUUGUAUCAAAGCCAAACUCGUUGUUACGGGCGCCUUUUCACCUUCAGCAGACCCUACAACAUGGUCAUCCCAGGUAGUGUUCUGGUGGAACAACCUUAUCAAACGCAGCGUUAUUCUCGGACAUCACGUAACUGCCCUUGCCCUCUUCCGGGAAAUGUUAAGACUUAAUUGGAACCCUGAUGGUUAUACAUACCCGUAUGUUCUCAAAGGAUGCGGCGAGCUUCAGUCCCUCCUUUUCGGUGAAUCUGUACAUGCCGUUAUUUUAACAUCUGGGUUAGACUCCAAUGUGUUUGUAUGCAAUGGUCUAAUUGCUAUGUAUGGGAAAUGUGGGAUGUUGGGUCAUGCACGCCAGGAGUUUGAUGAAACGGUUGUGAGAGGAAUUGCUGAUGUUAUUUCGUGGAAUUCGAUGGCGGCAGCUUAUGUACAGAAGGAUGAGGAUAGGAAAGUUUUGGACUUGUUUGAUUCGAUGGUUUCGUCAAAUAAUUUUGAGCUGCGUCCUGACGCUGUUAGUUUAGUUAAUGUGCUUCCAGCUUCGGCCUCUUUGGGGGCGUGGAAACGAGGAAAACAACUUCAUGGUUAUGCGAUUCGGAGAUGUUUGUAUGAGGAUGUUUUUGUAGGGAAUGCAAUUGUGGAUAUGUACGCGAAGUGCAAGCGCUUGGAUGAUGCUAACAAGGUUUUCGAGCGAAUGGAGGUGAAAGAUGUUGUUUCUUGGAAUGCAUUGGUAACUGCGUACUCUCAGAUAGGACAAUUUGAUGAGGCUUUGGGGUUGUUUAAGAGAAUGAGGGAGGAAAAGAUUGAAUUGAAUGUUGUAACGUGGAGUGCUGUGAUUGCAGGGUAUGCACAGAGGGAUUUAGGCUAUGAAGCUCUCGAUGUAUUUAAGGAGAUGAUGCUUUCUGCGGCAGAACCAAAUGUUAUCACUCUUGUUUCUGUGCUUUCAGGUUGUGCUGCUAUCGGAGCACUGCUUCAAGGGAAGGAAACUCAUUGCUAUGCCAUUAAGAGAAUGUUGAGUUUGGAAGGAAGGAAUCCUGAGGAGGAUCUCAUGGUGAUUAAUGCUCUGAUUGACAUGUAUGCAAAGUGCAAGGAGAUGAAAAUUGCUCAGACCAUGUUUGAUAGUAUUGACAGGAGAGAUAGGAAUGUUGUUACGUGGACAGUCAUGAUUGGUGGAUAUGCUCAACAUGGGGAUGCUAAUGAUGCUUUAGAACUUUUUUCAGCCAUGCUGAAGUAUGAGUAUUUUGUAAUCCCAAAUGCAUAUACCAUAUCUUGUGCUCUGGUAGCUUGCGCUCGUCUGUCUAGUCUUAAGAUUGGUAGGCAAAUUCAUGCAUAUGUGUUACGACAAGGAUAUGAACCUACAAUGGUUUUUGUGGCUAACUGUCUUAUUGACAUGUAUGCCAAAUCUGGAGAUGCUGAUGCAGCUCGAGUUGUGUUUGAUAACAUGAGCCAGAGGAAUACGGUCUCAUGGACAUCCUUGAUGACAGGCUAUGGGAUGCAUGGUCGUGGAGCGGAGGCUCUCCAAAUUUUUGACGAGAUGAGAGGAGCAGGUUUUCCAAUAGAUGGUGUAACUUUUCUUGUUGUGCUAUAUGCUUGUAGCCACUCUGGAAUGGUUGACCAAGGUAUGAAUUAUUUCAACAACAUGAAUGGAGAUUUUGGAGUUGUUCCUGGGGCUGAACACUAUGCCUGCAUGGUAGACCUGUUGGGUCGUGCUGGUCGAUUGGAUGAAGCUAUGAAGCUCAUUGAAGACAUGCCUAUGGAACCAACCUCAGUAGUAUGGGUUGCACUGCUUAGUGCUUGUAGGGUCCAUAAAAAUGUGGAUCUUGCAGAGCAUGCUGCUGCUAAGUUGUCAGAACUGGAAUCUGAUAAUGAUGGGUCUUAUACCCUUAUGUCAAAUAUAUAUGCUAAUGCCAGACGUUGGAAAGAUGUGGCUCAGGUUAGAUCUCUUAUGAAACAUUCUGGCAUAAGGAAGAGACCUGGAUGUAGUUGGGUUCAAGGAAAGAAGGAGACUGUUACAUUUUUUGUGGGAGACAGAUCUCAUCCAAUGUCUGAAAAGAUAUACAAUCUCCUAGAAGACCUGAUUCACCGUAUCAAGGCAAUGGGCUAUAUUCCGGAGACAAGUUUUGCACUUCAUGAUGUAGAUGAUGAAGAGAAAGGCGAUCUACUUGUUGAACAUAGUGAAAAGCUGGCCCUUGCUUAUGGCAUUCUCACGUCAGCUCCUGGAGUGCCUAUUAGAAUAACCAAGAAUCUGCGAGUAUGUGGGGACUGUCAUACUGCAAUGACAUACAUCUCCAAGAUUAUUGAACAUGAAAUAAUAUUGAGGGACUCAAGUCGCUUCCAUCAUAUCAAGAAUGGAUCUUGCUCUUGUAGAGGGUUUUGGUAGAGAGUUUUGUUCUAGUGGAACAAGUUCUGUGGGCAUAUCUAUCAAAUAUUCUUAGCGAAAGAUGAAAUAUACAGGCAAAAAAUGACUGAGGCAUUGACUACAGGGGCACAGGCUGUUGCUUACGUCGGUGAAUGCUGGUGAUAGCUAUGAGCUACAUUCUGGUUAUGUAUUCUCUUUGAGGUGCGGAAAGAAAAUCACUAAUGUGAAGCAUAAGAAGUGUAACUUGAAGCAUAGGUUGCUUGAAAAGAGAACUUUUAAGUUUAAGGACUCAAGGAAUCUCUUGUUAGAGUUGGGAUUAAUUUAAGCAUGUCACUAGCCAGGUCAUCCAAUCCUGACCUUGGUUCAGUUUCCACACGGCUGACAUCAGGGCAAAUGAUUCAUUUGGAAAAGAUCCGAUACCAAGUGACAGCGAACUAGCUGGUCGGUGUGAAUGAUAAAGUGGUUAACUAAGUCUUUUUGGAACGCCACACCACACCAGAUAUCUGAUCAAAGAAGGUACCUUUCUGAAGCUCAAAGAAGCACCUUUUCUGAAGCACCAAAAAGAAAAGAAAAAAAAAAGAAAAAAACCAAUUUGAAGCUUUUAUGAAGCACAUAGGCAUGAAGGUGCAGUGUGUUAUAGAAAAAAUCUGAAAAUUCGAAACACGCACACACACACCCCGAGACAUAUGCACUUGCACGUGAACACAAAAGUGAAUAAAGAUGAUUCUUCAGGGUGUUUAGCAAAGAUCUUAGCAGCUUCAAUGUUCAUGUGCUGAUUGACAUGGACGAGGAACUAUUUUGUAGUCUGGUCUAUCUUUUUGAAUGCAAAAUCAUAUGGAUAUAUAUUCAUUAUUAGUAUUGCUAUCUCUUACAGCAUGCUCUAAUAAUGAAGAUGUAGACCUAAGCUUUACGCCA